AGCCUAACCCCUUUAAAAAGUUUUCACACCUCUUUUCUAUUCUUUCAAUCCAAAAAAGAACAAAAACAGAAGAACACAAAAAUUCAAAUCGUAAUUUUUCACAACCGCUUUUGUUCCGACACGGCAAGCCUGUCCCUCUACCAUGGCCAAAAUUUUCAAGUAAAAUUUCAACAAAAUAGUAAAAAUUUACAGUUUAAAACCAAAUAAAUAGAAACAAUAUAUCAACAAAUAAUGGCGCAAAUGCUAAGGAAAUCUGUUCUGCCAAAGAACAUAUCUUUAUUAAAAUGCAUGAAAAGUCGAUCAUUUGCAUCAGCCAGUAAUAAAAAGAACCCUGCUAUAUUAUCAAACAACGUUUUGAAGAACGAAAUCAGAGGGUAUUCACGAAAAGUAUUACUGCUGCCAAAAUCAAAUGUAAAGGAGAUGAAGUCGAAACCAAAAAUCCAGAGUCAACGUUGUCUUCUGCGCCGAAGUAUGUCCACGCCAUGUUUUUCUAUAAGGAUGCUGGAAAGGCCCGAAAUUACUGCGUCAAAAAUACAAAUGGCUCAACUAAAUGCACCAAGAGGAUGUAAAGAUAAUCGUGUUGCAUUAAAUCAAUCCAGAAGUGCAACUACGAUGUCAGACAGUCUUCAGAAUUUAAGCAGUAGUUGCGCCUGUCCCUGUCCUUGUGGUCCCUGUGGUGGACCUUGCGGACCGUGUGGUCUUCCUCCUCCUUGCAACUGUCCUCCCAAAUGCCUGCAAUACAUGACUGGUUAUUUCUAUUAUCCAUACGGUACUUGGUUUUGUGGCCCGUAUCAUGUUACUACUGGGCCGUGUGGACCUUGUGCUGGCCCUGUAACACCUGGAGGUCCAUGUGGCCCAGCUGCGCCCUGCCCUGGUUCUGCAUGUGGCCCACCUUGCAUUGGACCUUCUCGUCCAUGCGGCCCCUGCCCCCCCUGUGGCCCUUGUCCGCCGUGCGGCCCUUGUUUACCAUGCUGCGUAUUUAACCCGGGUAACGUGGGAAAUCGUCAAGAAUUUCAAAAUCCUGGGCCAGUAAGUUAUGGUGCAGUAUCUGGACCUUUACAAAAUAUGCCUGGAACUUAUGGGCCAUAUAAUUAUCCUCAUACUUACCAGAAUACUAACUAUAAUAAUUAUCCCAACGAUCAGUUUCAGAAUCCAUUUUCACAAUUAAAUGCAUACAGUCAUAUGGGUCAAUACGAUCCCUCUGGAACAUUUUCAGCUCCUUGUGGAUCUCCUUAUGGUUUUAACGUUCCUAUAGAACCAGUACCUGUAGAAACGCCUUUCUUCACAGCAGAGAAUUAUAUACCUCCUCAGCCCGGCCUUUCACAAUCGUACCCAAAAUGUGAUGUAAAUCCCACGGUGCAAAAAAGUAAGGAAAGUUCGAACAAAUUUUCCAAUGUGUAUGUGAAGCGCAAAGCUGGAUUAGAUGCAAGCGAAAGUUUUCCAAGAACUGUGGUGCCGAGAUCAAUGCCAUCAACGUUGAAUAAAGGGCCGGAUUACCGUAAACCGACUCAUCAUAGCCGCACCAUCCUCAUGGAUCUAAAUGUCUGCUAUUACACCACAUAUUUGAACGCAAUGACAUGUCGAGAAGGAAGAACUAAUCAUAAAUGCCGAUGCAAAGAAAAAAUAAGUAAGAAGAGGAAUAAUUAAAUUUGCUUGUAACUUACAAGCUUUAGUAGGUAGUAGGAAUUUUGAAAAUUAAUAUCACUAUCAUACGAUAGCUUAAUAAAAAGCAUAAUAUAAACCGA